GAUCUCCAAGCAGAAAUGGCGAAGUAUUGUUUAUUGUCGGGGCUUUUACUCCUGACCCUGCUGUCAGACAGGAUUUCCGCAGACGACAACGUCGAGGGAGGGAACGCAACCACCACCUCCACGAGGGGGGGAAAGGCCAUCUUUAAUGUAGUGCGGUUCCCUAACGAUGCUUGCAUUGGAUCAAACAAAUUUAAUGGAACCUGUUAUACUGCAAGUGAAUGUUCUUCAAAGAGUGGAACAGCAGCAGGAGCCUGUGCAUCUGGCUUUGGAGUUUGCUGUACCUUCUCUAUCGCUUGCGGUGCUACAUCAUCCGAAAAUAAUACUUAUGCUGUGAUUUCUUCCUAUUCAACUUCUGUAGAUGCUAAUCCUUGCAUCUAUACAUUUUGCAGACAGAAUGCGAAUAUUUGCAAGCUGCGUAUUGAUUUUGAAUCAAUGACAACAUCUCUUCCUCAAGGGUAUGAGGCUACUGAUGAUGUUCGAACUGCACUUGCAAAUUCCUACAGGCUUGGCCAAUGUGUGAAUGACGUUGUGAAAAUUACAAACCCAGGUGGUCCCUCACCGCCUACGAUCUGUGGUGUGAACACUGGUCAGCAUAUGUGGGUUCCUGCCUCCUCAGCUUGUAAUCAGAUCAAUAUUGAUGUUGACACAGGGAAAACUACUCCCAGAAGCUGGACAAUAUCGGUUAAGCAGUUUGAAUGUGGAAGCACAUCUAUGCCUCAGGAUGACUGCCUUCAGUACCACACUGGUACAUCAGGACAAUUCUACUCAUUUGCUUGGGAUAAAUCAGUCACUACACUUACCACAACUUCUCAUACUCAUUUAGCGAGUCAGUAUUAUGACAUUUGCUUCCGAAGAGAACGAGGAUAUUGUUCAUUAUGCUUUACACCUCAUAUAACCAGUGCUACAGCUGCUACUUAUACUUCCUUUGGAGUGAGUGCAUCAGGAACUGCGGCAUCAUCACAAUCAGCAUUGUCUUCUCUCUGUGGGAUGAGUGCAGCAGCAACUACAGCUGAGGGUAAUCAGGAUUAUAUUGAGGUGAUCAACCUUCAAGCUACAAUUGGUACUACCAACACUGCUGGAGCAAACAAAAUCUGUGGGCAAAAGUUUUCAGGUGCCGCAGCAGCCACCGUUCCAGCAACUGCAUGUACAUGGUCUUCCCCUUUCAGAUGGGGAGUCAGGUUUUCAGAUUCAGAAGGCCUAGCUAUCACUGCAACUGCUAUGGCUGCAAACAAUGUACAUGAAAAUGAGGGAGUUGGAGGAAAUGGAUACAUGGGAUUCUAUAUGGACUGGUGGCAGAACAAGUGCUAAUAACAAUAAACAGCUGAAUCACUUGAUGCAUAACAUGUGCUAAAUCAGCUGAUAAACAGCUGAAUUACUUAUUGCAGACCAUGUUCUAGACCAGCUGAUAAAUAGCUGAAUCACUUGUUGCAUAACAUGUGCUAGAUCAGCUGGUAAACAGCUGAAUCAAUUGUUGCAUAACAUGUGCUAGAUCAGCUGAUAAACAGUUAAAUCACUUGUUGCAGAACAUGUGCUAGAUCAGCUUAAAACAACUGAAUCACUUGUUGCAGAAUGUGUGCUGGAUCAGCUGAUUAACAGCUGAAUCACUUGUGAAACAUAUGCUAUAUCAGCUAAUAUUCAGCUGUUUUUCUUGUUAAAAUGUUUUUGUUGCUAUUUUAUGUCUUAUUGUCGUUGUAUUCACUCAGUAGCCUAAAAUAUAUUGUAUCACUGUUCAA